AUGUGCCUAUCAUCGUCACUGAGCUACAUCACAAACCUUUCCAACCCCACUGUCACCGCCCAGAAGCAUGAUGCUGAAGUCGGCAUGUCUCUUAGCGGAAGCCAUAGCCCUCAUACGGCAGGUUUGGCUCAUUCCGAACCGCAAAACUCAAAGGAUUCUAGGCAGCUAUCAGAAACCAGGGUAACAGGGGACGACCUACCCCGCGAGUUAGCCACGCAGAUUCUUGAGUAUGUGGUAGUCCAGAAGGAUGGCUCCCCGUUAGCUCCACUUGCGGCAGUCUGCAAACUAUGGAACCAGAUUCUCGAGCCCUAUAUGUUUGCCGAGGUGACCUUCCGUCUGACGAACGCCAGCAUUCUGUCCGGCGCCAUCACCCCUGACACCCUGGCCAACAACAUUCGAGGCUCGCGACUGCUAUGUUUGAAGAAGCUACGCCUUGUGAUAGACGUGGAUCUAUCGAGCUUCACGACUAUUGUCGAUUACCCACGGCGGCGGAUGAGACUGGGGGCUGACUUCGCCGAUGUGAUGGACGGUUUCUUCGACACAAUGGCCGGUUGGGGGCGCGACGCAUCGUUCGACCUGGACAUCCACGAGGAGCAGUCAUGCGGCCAUCAUCUGAAUCAUCUGGGAAGUAAACUCGCUCAGGGCAACCCACAGACAGUUCACUGCGUCCGUUCUAUCCGACAUCUGGAAUUCAACUGCGACAGAUGUCGGUGUUGUUCCUAUCGAGGACUCUUGUCAUAUCUAUGCUCGGCCAUGAAAGGAUCAGAUCACUUGAAAGAGAUAUCGUACGGGUACCAAGAGCGGAUUGGUCGCAACCGCUCGAUACAAUACGAGCGCUGGGACUUCCUGCCGCCUGCCGUAGAAUCACUCACCGUUCGUGACAUGGACGAGCAAGGAUACUGGUAUCCGCCAGGCAUCAACUCAGGACCUUUCGUUGCUCAAAAGCUAUAG